ACACGGGAGACCAAAAAGGAUCCACACCGCCUUCUGCCACUCUAUUUAUUAAUAAAAUCCACCCUUCGGGGAAAUCACCUCUGCUUACUCGUCGUGUCCUUCUUCACCCCGCCACACUGGUGGAGAAUACGGGCAGGACAGUGAAGAAGACACCGACGACCCCUUCCCAAGCGGUGUUUCCCCAGCUGGACUUGUUUGAUUGUUUUUUUUUUUUUGGUGUUUCUUUUGUCACAUCCCCUGUUGGCUCACGUGUCUUCUCUGGUUUCCCCAAGUGGCGCUCCUCCACCGGCGACAGUUGUUCCACCUCUUCAUGCCACCAGUGAUGCUGCAGACAAUUGUAAGAAACACAAAUGUCUUUGGGGCUAAGUUACAAAAAGGCCAAAAAGCGUGAAAGGAUAUUUCUUUGAAAGACUUAUAUGCGUAUCUGACACUUGUCAUAUUCAUGGAUCUGGUGAAAUUGCGUUCACUGUUGGAUUACUGGAGGAAAUCCAACAUAUUCGCACAUCGCUUUCCUGCACACGUAAUGUCUGCAAGGAAAUUCUAUUCCAUCUCCUCUCUACUGCAUCUCAGUGAUCCUGAAGUGGAUGCUGAAAACCUAAAAAAAAGGAACCGCUGCCUAUGACCACCUAUGCAAGAUCAAGCCCAUGUAUCAACAGCUGAGAGAUGCAUGUAAAAACUAUUUUCAUCCUUCCAGAACAUUGCUAUUGAUGAGAGGAUGGUUGCAACAAAGGCCAGAAAUGGCCUAAAACAAUAUAUGAAAGGCAAGCCUACAAAGUGGGGAUAUAAACUCUUUGUGCUGGCCGACUCGCUCUGUGCAUACACGUGGGACUUUUUUAUCUAUGAGGGUAAAUCCCCAGCAGCACUGAUCCCACUGGACAAAGGACUGAGCUAUGAGUCUGUCAUGGCACUUGUUGAUGUGCAGAUGUUGGGAACUGGCUAUAAACUGUUCGUCAAUAACUUUUACACAAGUCCAGAAUUGUUUAGAGAUCUACUAAAGAAAAACAUCUGGGCUUGUGGAACUAUUCGGUCCAACAGGAUAGGCUACCCUAAAAGCACCAUUGACAAGCUUCCGAAAAAAGCAGCUCGAGGCACUCAUCGCUGGCUAAGAGAAGGGAACCUGCUAUUUGUUGAAUGGAAGGAUACAAGGGAGGUCCAAAUGUGCUCCACCAUUUACAGUGGCAGUGACAUUGGGACUGUGCAGAGGAAGGUGAAAGGUGGCAAGGGACAGUGGUCAACCAUGGAUGUACCUGUUCCACACUGUGUUCUAGAAUACAACAGGUGCAUGGGUGGAGUCGAUGUAUCGGAGGCACUCAUCAGCUACUACACAGUCUUGCACAAGACAAAAAAGUGGUCCCAUACCUUUUUCUACCACUUUGUGGACAUAGCCAUCGUAAAUGCUUUCCUCAUACAUCGAAAUGGCUUGUACAAAAAAUCAGAAGCCCAUGACACAAAAGGAGUUCAGAGAAAACUAAUUGAGGAACUUCCUGGAUUAGUGCUUCCUGACUUUACUUCAUCUCCUCCAUCCCCUCCUCAGAAUACUGACUACUUACCUGAGUACUUUGCUGCAGACAGCACCAAAGGAAGGCGACAAUGCAGGGUUUUUGCACAAAAAACACUGUAUUUUGCCCGAGUUGCUCAGUGGCAAUAUGCUUUCAGCCGAAGCGUAACUGUUUCUCUGCUUGGCAUAAGCAGCACUGACCUUUUAUAACCAAUUACUAACAUUUCUAACUAAUAUUUUAGUACUUUUCUGAGUGUGCUUUUCUUUUCUCUCCUUAUGCACUAGACACUUUU